AUGGCUCAAGUCGACCCUCUCUCCUACGAGGCGUUGGUCCAUUUGAAAUCCUACAAAUACUCCAGUGUGGACAAGUCGUUGCUAUCCAACUAUGUGUUACGCCACUACUGGAAUGGCUUCGUCAAGCUUCUACCCAUGUGGUUGGCGCCGAACAUGGUCACCUUGCUAGGCUUCUUCUUCAUCCUCGCCAAUGUUCUGAUCGUGCAGAUUUGGAUUCCCGACCUCGUUGGCCCCGGCCCCACAUGGGUCUACUACAGUUUCGCCAUGGGUCUUUGGAUGUAUUCAACCAUGGACAACGUUGACGGCAAGCAAGCUCGGCGAACUGGCACCUCCAGUGGCCUAGGUGAGCUCUUUGAUCACGGCAUUGACUCUCUCAAUUGCACGCUAGCUAGCCUCCUCGAGACUGCCGCCAUGGGCCUUGGAGCCACCCACAUUGGUGCUUUCACAGCUAUGGUGCCAGUUCUGCCCAUGUUUUUCUCCACCUGGGAGACCUAUCACACGCACACUCUCUACCUAGGAGUCUUCAAUGGGCCGACUGAAGGCCUGAUCAUUGCAGCGGCGGUUAUGGCCAUCUCUGGCUACUACGGUCCCACCAUAUGGCAGAAGCCCAUUGCAGAUGUCGUCGGUUUUGAAGACAUCUUCGGCGAUACGUCCUUUCGCCAGGGCUGGGUACCGAUGAUCCUCUCGGCGUUCUUCUUCGCCCACCUACCAGCAUGCGUCUACCAUGUCGUCAAAGCUCGCCGAGCAAAUAACCUACCAGUCCUACCGGUCUUCCUUGAAUGGGCACCUAUGGUCGUCUUCUGUGGGUCUUGUCUGACCUGGCUCGGCUCACCUUACUCGCACCUACUUGAGAACAAUCAUUUGGUACUCUUCUGCUUGACAAUGUCGUUCGUCUUCGGCCGCCUCACCACGAAGAUAAUCCUUUGCCAUCUGACGCGUCAACCAUUUCCGUACUGGACUGUGAUGAUGGCGCCGCUCGUAGGAGGCGCCGUCCUGACCAAUCUGCCUAUCAUUGGUCUACCGGCCAUUGGGCCAGAGGCGGAGAGCUGGUACCUGCGCGGCUACUUCGUCUUUGCAGUCGUGGUCUACUUCACCUGGGCUGUGCGUGUCAUUAACGCUAUUUGUGCCAUCCUAGAUAUCAACUGCCUGACCAUCAAGAAACGAAAGCAGGACCCAGUCGAAGCCAACAAGUUCGUUGAGGACGUCAAAGCCGGCUCGCCAGCCAAUGGAGAGCUCCGACGAAGCACGCGAAAGAAGGCUUGA